AAGCCACCUUGGCAAUUUCAUCUUAAGCUCAACAUUUCAACCUCAGACUAUCACUUACCUACUAGGUAGGUACCUAAUAAUAACCUCCGCCAACCGUCAAAAUGUCGAGGAAGCAGGUAAAAGGCGAAUACAUUGAAACGGACACUGGAAAUAAAGUAUCCCGAAAAGCCAUCUUAAUCGGAACGCAACACAUUAUGCUAGGCGGCAAGACCGUCAUACAAGCCGAAGCCAUGAUACGAGGCGACUUGGCCAGAACCACCCAACCUACUUCGAGCUCCGGCGCCGCCGCUCCCGGUAGCAACACUGCUGUCGCUAUUGGUCGAUACUGUUAUCUCAGCAGAGGAUGUUGUCUACGCCCGCCGGGUCGCAUAUACAAAGGAUCCUUCACGUAUCUCCCUCUCAGACUAGGCGAUCAUGUUUUCAUUGGCGACAGCACCGUUGUUCAAGCAGCCACCGUCGGAAGCCACACAUACAUCGGCCAUAACGUCGUCGUUGGAGAGUUUGCCAUCAUUAAAGAUUACGUUCGAAUCCUAGAUGGUACUGUCAUACCUCCCAAUAUGGUUAUACCAAGCUUUAGCAUCGUUGCUGGUCAGCCCGCGCGGGUAGUCGGUGAGGUACCCGAAGGCGGCCACGAGGCCUUUGAGCUCAGAGAAUUGUACAAAACGGUGGGAAACAAUCCACACUCGCUGGCGAUAUAAUAUUCUAUUUGAGUUUCAGCUGCUACGAAGCAUUCGAGGUGUUGAACAAGUCAACAAAAUAUGUGCUUCCGCAUCGGCGCAGCAGUACUACGGCACGAUCUUAACCUCGAUUACAUGGUGAUUGUAUGGUAUGAUGCCCCGCAACAUGCAGUCUUCCCCGCCCGAUGAUUCAACCGCUCGCAAUUGACGAGACCGUCGAUUAGAAAUCAGGUUGGCGCCUAUGCAGU